AUCAUGUACAUUGGCCGGUUGGCCACAAUAAAAAUGUUUGAUGUGAAAUUUCAAUUUCAAAAUGCGACUUGACUCAUUUCGUACAUGUUUUGAGUCGUGUUUAUCUCUACCCCGAAUCCAUAUUCCAUAACCUAGCCAGACGCCCAAACAAUUUUUAACCGGAGUAAUUUUUUCGAUUUACUUUGUUUCACUCAGAUAGUACACGUGUCGAAUAGUGAGCUCCUCUUCGCCUGCAGUCAGUAUCAGAAACCAAACAGCCUACCUAUAAAUACCAACAAACCAACGACCUCUCUUUUUCACUUGUCCUCGUUCUCGCCGUCUCUCUGUCUUUUAGAACUCUCCUCGAUCGCAUCAAUGGCCGCCACCACAGGAGCUGCUUCUUCGAUCUCACUCCGCUCUCGCCUUCACCAGAAUCUUGCACUGUCCAGGGUCAAUGGUCUUAAGCCAGUUUCACUGUCUGGUAAUGGAAGAAGUUCUCUUUCUUUCGGGUUACAGCAGCGUUCAGUACGGCUUCAGAUUUGCUGCGCGGCCAAACCAGAGACAGUGGACAAGGUGUGCCAGAUAGUUAGAAAGCAACUUGCAUUACCAGAUGACUCAGCAGUUUCUGGAGAGUCAAAAUUUUCUGCACUUGGAGCUGAUUCUCUUGAUACGGUUGAGAUUGUGAUGGGACUUGAAGAGGAAUUUGGUAUUAGUGUGGAAGAGGAGAGUGCUCAGAGCAUUGCAACUGUUCAGGAUGCUGCGGAUCUUAUCGAGAAGCUCAUUGAGAAGACCAAGGCUUAGAAGAAGAAAUGAGAAAACAAGAGUCAAUCCUAGCCUGCAUUAGAUAAUUAUUUGGUUGGUAGACUGGUUAUGUAUGCAGUCAUUUUGUGUGAAAUUUGAACCUGAUAGCGGUUGAGUGUUAAAUUAUGAAUGUAUGGAUUUGAGUUUGUGUGGUCAAGCUCCUUUCUUUCCUAUAUUUCUGAUGAAAUAGAGAAUGGCCUUACAAUA